CAAAGAGACAGGCGCCCAUAAGGGGAAGAUUCUUUUAAGGUUGAAUCCUCUUCACGUUGGUAGAUUAUUGUAUUGUUAGUAUUUGUAAUUAUUAUAAGGAAGGUGUGGGGCUCGUUGUGAAGGAUCCAUAACCUAACCUAACCUUCCAUGACGCAGAUCAAGAUCUUUCAAAGGACCAGCUUUAUAUUUUCCGUUUAUUCAUUCAAAUUGAUCGUCAUUGGUAGCAGGAAGUGUUGAUCAAAACCCUAAAUCCCAAGGAGAACGAAGAACACAGAAGAGAUUCUUUCAGGGAAGUCGUAGGUCCAGUCCGAAUCGCCUAACACGUACAUCAUUAUCCCAGCAACUACAGUCCCUAUAAUAAUCUGUUGGGAAGAAGUCGACUAACAUCAUUAUCCCAACUAGUUCCUAUAAUCUCUAGUUGGGAUAAUGAACUUCUCUAGAAGAACUUCUCUAGAAGAACUUCUCUAACAGAUACAGGCAAGGAAGACACUACGCCUCUGCCGCAAUUGGAUCCACAGAGUAGUAGUAUUGCUGCGUUGUUACAAGGAGACCUGGUGACUUCGCAGGUGGAGGACAGAAACGUGGUUCCCCUCACGUGUCCAGCAACGGGACAGUUGCCGUGUCUGUGGGUUUAUGCAUUUCGACAUUUUUGCAUUUCUACAGCUAAUGCUAUAAUGCUAUAAUGCUUGCGACAUUGCACAGCUAAUGCUAUAAUGCCAUAAUUCUGUUAAUGUUAAUGCUUCUUGUUUCUAAAAUGCUAUAAUGCUUGCUUCAUCUUGUUUCUAGUACUGAGUACUACUACUUACUCCUAUCAACAUCGAUGGACUCCGAGCCUCCCAUCGUUUUCCAGAAGGAAAAGGGUCAAGGAUGUCCUGAAGAACGUAAUUCCGUAACCUCUAAUGGGUGCAAACUCACGGCUUGCGAGUAAGACCACCAUUGGAGAGAGCGGAGAAGGCGAAGUUUUACCCUUUCGAAUGGGCCUAUCUGAAGGAUGAAGGUGGAGGUUAAGAAGACGUGAUGGUAGAGGAUGUUAGAUUUUUGGGGUCAUGUCUAGUAGUUUCUGACUUGACAAGUAUAUUAGGAACGAGUCAUGCCCAAAGAACGAGUCAUGUCCAAAGAACGAGUCAUGUUCAUUCAUAGUCGAACAAGGACAAGUGAAUGAAUUUUUGUAACGCGGCUAGGAGUCAUGUUCAUUCAUAGUCGAACAAGGACAAGUGAAUGAAUCUUUGAGCAAACGCCAUUACAAAAGACUAUGAUGCAUAGUCAGUCUUGUUAGAAGGACCACUCUAAUAAAUCCCAGGAGACGCUCUGAUAGAAGCACCCUUUCCGACUGUUAGGGAAGUGGAAUCGUUUUAUUCGACGCUAGGGCCAACUCCUGCUGCGCUGAUAGCAGCGCCAAGUGCGCAUGCGAACAAUGGUGUAAUUCAGAGUUACGAGUGAAAACGAUGAUUGUGAAGUAGUGUCUCAUUUUCGGUUUUGAAUUCGCAAACUAAUCGUGCAUUGCUCUUUGUUGCUAGAAAGGAGAGGAAGAUACUAGCUUGUGUAGUAUAGUCAGAAGCAACUUCUAAGAAAAAACUUCGCACCAAAAAGCCUCAACGAAUCAGCGGGUCUUGCAGGCAGGCACCGAGUCCUUUAUUGAAUUGGUAUAGGAGUUUUUAUACAAAAAUCCGGACGAUUGCAAGAAGAAGUAGUAGUGAAGUAGUCUUCUAUACCCCUGGAGUGGGUACAUUCAUUCACUCAUUCACUCACUCAUGCUAUCGUGAUAUUAUGUCUAGUAACACGACGUAGUUGGUGAUUCUACUUCAUCGAUCGGCUAACUUUCCCCCACCCCCAUCAGGACGACACCAU